UCUCCUCUCCAGUAGCAAGAGCCAACUGCAGAGGAUCCGAUUCCCCCGUGCUCCCCCCGCAUCUCCCCGCACAUCUCCGGCGAUCCCCCGGCGCAUCUCCGGCGAUCCCCCGGCGCAUCUCCGGCGAUGGCUCGCCGCGGCGGCGGACAGACCUACGGGUUCCCGAUCUACUGCGCUUCGUGGCUGCCCUUGGCCCACAUCUUCCUCAGGCCCCCCUCCUCCGAGGACGACGCGCCGGUGGAUGCGGACGCGGACGCGCCGAAGUCGUCGGACUCCCCGGCUCCGCCUCCCAUGGCGGCGCUCGGGGGAGGCGGCGGGGAGGGCCGGAGCGGGGUGCCCAACGCGCUGGUUGUGGCUGCGCUCGACCCCGCCGGCGAGGCGCUCGACCCCGAGCCGGUGUUGAGGAUGGGGACGGAGGAACAGGUGCCGUAUAGGAUGGCCGUCCACCCGCGCGGCGACGGCGUCCUCUGCGCCUUCCCCAACGGCUGCAGGUUAUUUCGGUGGGAAUCACUGGAAGGAGAGAGACUGCAUAAUUUAUCUCUGAGAGCUGAUCAUGAGGCACUAACAGAGCUGAGUGAUGUUGGCUUACAGUUGGCUGUAUCAUUCAGUGGAGAAGGCUCAAUACUUGCGACUGGUGGUGAGGAUGGUCAUUUAAGGGUCUUCAAAUGGCCUUCCAUGGAUUCCGUUCUCGAAGAACCAGAUUCAAAAACAUCGGUGAAGGAUUUAAACUUCAGUCCCGAUGAACAUUUCCUUGCUGUGAAUAGAAGCAGUGGCCCAUGUAGAGUGUGGGACUUGAAGUCAUCAGAGGCUGUAGCUAAUCUGCCAAGAGAAGCAGGAGAAAUAUUUGGUUUCUGCAGAUUCUCGAAUCAGACUGACAGCAGUCAGAUUCUCUUUGUUACAGCGAUGCAAGGUGAUUAUGGGAAAAUAAUAUCUUGGAAUACAACCUCAUGGACAAGAAUUGGGUCAAAUAAAAUAACACGCGAGGCAAUUUCAGCAUUUGCUGUCUCCCCUGAUGGUACACUCAUAGCAAUUGGAACUAUUGAAGGAAGCAUUCUUGUACUAAGUUCAAAAAAUAUGCGGGUACUUGUAACAGUUAAAAAGGCACAUCUUGGCAUUAUUACUACGUUGGCAUUUUCUCAAGAUUCAAGGAUCUUGUUGUCAACUUCCUUUGACUCUACUGCUAGGGUGACAUCAAUUGGAUCACCAAAGAGUCGUGGUAUAAGUAUAUGGUCCAUGAUACUGGUCGUUCUUCUUGCAAUUUUGGCAUACUACUGUAUGCAGCAUAGAGAAGAUCUUUUAUCAAGGUUGCUACAUUGAGAUAUUUGUGCAGGCUCUGAUUCGUCACUUAAUUUAUCAUCAGAUAGUCUACCGGUGAUAUAUGUGAUAUCCUCCUGGAGGUCAUUUUUUGUCUUUAGAUCAAAAAGGAAAACUGUCCAAAUUUCUCAUCUCUGCUGACAGGGAAAGCUCCACUCUUUCUCCUUGUCGCACUUUGUAUAAAAAUGGCCAUGUUGUCAGAGUUUUGUAAAAUUAAUGGGCUCAUGUAAGUUAUAAUUCUCUCUGGUGGGAUUAUAAUGCCUUCUAGUUGACCUCGUGUGGUAAAUUUCUCAAGUAUAAUGUAGAAAUUUGAGACAAAUUUUAAUGUAACUUGAGCAAAACGGUGUGAGGAAUAAUGAUGGGAUGAGAUCUACCAGUUUUGCACCUUGCGGUAUAUAAUUAACCCUUGUUAUUAUGUUGUUCUG